UUGAGGUAGCUCGACCGUAGCAACUUUGAUCCGAAUCGAGGGAUUUGUCGGUAUUUAGGUACUUGGAUUUCGUUUUUCCUCCUCUGUUUGCUGUUGUUCGGACGAAAGUUUUAAUCUUUCGGCGGUUUCGCUUUUCAUUUUGCCGUAUCUAGUGAGAAACGCGUUAUUUUUCUUCGGUUUGAGUCAGAUUCGGACACACGCGAUUAGAUUGCACGCCGUGUCUUUUUUUAAUUAUGCCCAAAUAUUUCCGUUUUUUAUUGAUGGGAGAUGAGAUGGGCCGAUAAAGACUAAUUAGCAUCGGCAUCUGCAAUAACCCCUCUUAGGACUUUCUUGCAUCUGCUCUCGAUUCUGUGUGAUAUAGACUUGAUUGCUCGUGCUUCAUGCAAUGAUGGCUGGGCUAUUAAUGGACAGCAUGAUCUUCUCUGGUAGCCAAAACAACUAUGUGCCACUCAUGCCCUGUGCUCCGGAGAAGAACCUCAGUUACGGCACCCUCCUUAAUCAGCCUGUUGUUGGUGAUGCCAUUUUAGGCGAGGGAGAUCUAGUGGAUCCUCCCCCUGAAAACUUUGCUGAGGCUGGAGAUGAAGAGAGUGAUGAUGAUGUUGACAUAGAAGAACUUGAGCGGCGUAUGUGGAGGGACCGGAUGCGGCUUAAACGUUUGAAAGAGCAGCAACAAAACAAGAACAAGGAGCAAGGGGGCGACUUGUCCAAGCAGCGGCAGUCCCAGGAGCAGGCACGACGCAAAAAGAUGUCACGUGCCCAGGAUGGGAUCCUGAAGUACAUGCUGAAAAUGAUGGAGGUCUGCAAGGCCCAAGGCUUUGUCUAUGGGAUCAUUCCUGAGAAAGGCAAGCCUGUGAGCGGGGCAUCGGACAACCUGAGGGGCUGGUGGAAGGAGAAAGUCCGGUUCGACCGGAAUGGUCCUGCUGCUAUUGCCAAAUACCAGGCUGAAAAUUCCAUCCCUGGUGCUUGUAAUGAAUUGAACGCUGGGACUGCAAGCCCUCAUUCAUUGCAGGAGCUUCAGGAUACAACACUGGGCUCUCUCCUAUCGGCGCUCAUGCAGCACUGUGAUCCACCGCAGCGAAGGUUCCCCUUGGAGAAAGGAGUUGCACCACCAUGGUGGCCUACUGGGAAAGAGGAGUGGUGGCCUGAUUUGGGCAUCCCCAAAGAUCAAGGGCCGCCACCCUACAAGAAACCACAUGAUCUUAAGAAAGCAUGGAAAGUUAGUGUUCUGACUGCUGUCAUCAAGCACAUGUCGCCCGACAUUGAGAAGAUACGCAGGCUGGUGAGGCAGUCUAAGUGCCUUCAAGACAAGAUGACUGCGAAAGAGAGUGCAACAUGGCUGGCUGUGGUUAAACAGGAGGAGGAGAUGUACAUGCAGCUCCACCCAGAUGCUUGCCCUCACCCGUUCUCGGGAAGUGGUGUCACAGGGGCCAUCUCCUUUAACAGCAGCUCCAGUGAAUAUGAUGUUGAAGGUGUUGAUGAUGGCAAGAGCGAGGAUGUUGCAAGCCAGAACAUUGGUGUUGAUGGGAAUGCUUUCAACCUGAUUGCUGCUGCAGGCAAUGAGAAGUUUGUGGUUUCCGCUCCACUUAAGGAAGAGACUAACAUGGAAUUCAUCCAGAAGAGGACUGUUGCAGAGCCUGAAUUGAUGCUUGACCAGCGUGUUUUUACCUGUGAUAACAUGCAGUGUGUACAUAAUGAUGUCCGCUUUGGGUUCAUGGACAGGAAUUCGAGAAACGGUCACCAGUACCUCUGCAAAAAUCAGAAGAGUCUUCCUCAGGGUAUCUCAGCAACUGCAUCUGGCCUGCGGAUGAAUGAGAACAAACCCCCAGUUUUCUCUAUGCCCUUGAACACCCAGCCAAAUCCAGCCGGUCUUGGAUCGAGCGUCAAUCCUAUCAAUAUCUCUGAUCUGGGUAUUCCUACUGAUGGGCAAAAAUCGAUCAGCGAUCUAAUGAACUUCUAUGAGAACAACAUCAAUCCUAACAAGAACUUGAACCAGGAAGGCAUGAGCCAGGGAGGUCCAAGCCUGGGCUGCAUGACUGUAUUGGAUGGGCAGAAUACUCUUCAGCAGAGGCUUCAAAUAGAGGAUAACUUCUUCGGGCAGGGGACUGGAAUGGGUGGCAGUGCCUUUGAAGAGGCCAGCAACUUAAUGCAGCAGCCACAGUUCUAUGGCCGUGAAGACAUGAUGCCAUUUGAUCAGCAACUUGGGAACCAGCCUACUGAUAUGGGUGCUGACUUCAAUUAUGGGCCUGGUUUUAAUAUGCCUCCAAUGGACUAUACUGAUGCAAUGCAAAAAGGGAUGGAAGAGUCACCGCAGAACUUUCCAAACUGGUUUUUCUGAAUGAAAUGAAAGAACCUGAUCCAGAUGCACCGUGAGGGCAUCCGAGCAUGCAAGUUCAUGGGCUCAUCUCAUGCAAUGGAGUAGAAUUUUGUGCUGAAAAUUGUUGUAGAAAUGUCUAGUUUGGGUUAAGGUGGUUCUUUCCCUGCAUUUAGUUAUAUAUUUUUCGUUUUCUUCUUUAUUUUCUGGAACAAAUCUUUAUAUUUCUGAGAUUGCUUCAUAGGGGUUCCCUUGAGGUUCUCCGAGUGAGGGAUUCCAUCAGACUGGGGUAAAAGUUUAAGGUUGUAGGGUUUGCACUGGUUGCGGGGGACUGAUGAAUGAAUGAUUUAUAUGAUCGAAUCCCGCAUUGAAAUCUUUAUAGACAUCUAGUGUUUAAACCUUUGUUGGGGUUAAUUAUAGUAUAGUUUUGCUUUUGUUUAUAAAUAUGUAGUUUGUUUUUAUUUGGAGCAAAUUCAGUGCUUGUUGCUUCUUGA